AUGGAAAUGGCCGGAAUUGUAUGCUAUACUGGUGCAAAUAUCAUCACUGAAGCAAGGAAACUUAUUGAGCAUAUUGGCAAACCAUUGGAACUUGACACGGACGGAAUAUGGUGCUUAAUCCCGGGAACAUUUCCAGAAAAUAUUACAUUCACUUUGAAUAAUUCAAAGCGCAAAACGAUAACCAUAUCGUAUCCGGGUGCAGUUCUGAAUGCGCUUGUUUGUGAUAAAUUCACAAAUGAUCAGUAUCACGAACUUCAACCAGACGGCACAUAUUCAGUAACUUCCGAGAACUCGAUAUUUUUUGAGGUUGAUGGGCCAUACUUGGCGAUGAUUCUUCCUGCUUCACGAGAAGAGGGCAAAAAGCUCAAGAAAAGAUAUGCGGUUUUCAAUUUUGACGGAUCACUUGCUGAGCUGAAAGGCUUCGAAGUAAAACGACGUGGCGAGCUUGCGCUGAUUAAAUAUUUCCAAACAACGGUUUUUAAAUCAUUUUUGAACGGGAACACUCACCAAGAAGCUUAUGAACAUGCAGCGAAAGAAGCGAACUAUUGGUUGGAUGUCCUGUUUUCAAAGGUGCUUUCCUCGUUUUAG